AUGGAGAGUGCUUUAAAUGUGUUUCGGGUUGACCCUGAGAGUAGAAAUAUUGUGUCGUAUUCCUCUCUGAUCAAUGGUUAUGUCGAGAUGGAUGAAAUCGAGAAGGCUUUUGUGUGUUUGUUGACCUGCAGAGGGGGGGGAGUUGAGCCCAAUCAGUUCACUUUCUCUAGCUUGGUCAAGGCCUGUGCCAACCAAGCUGCACUUGAACAAGGGAUUCAACUUCAGGCUCAGGUGAUCAAGUUUAAUUUUGAUAGAGACAAUUUUGUGUCUUCUGUUCUUGUUGAUAUGUAUGGAAAAUGUGGGUUACUUGAUCACUCAAUACAAGUGUUUGACGAGAUAGUAAACCCGACUGAAGUUGCAUGGAAUUCGUUGCUAAGUGUAUUUGCAGUUCAUGGCUUAGGAAAUGACGCCUUGAAAACUUUUAGUAGAAUGGUCGGGGCAGGAGUGAAACCAAAUGCAAUAACAUUUAUCAGCCUUUUAACAGGUUGUAGCCAUUCUGGAUCGGUAGAGGAAGGUUUAACGUACUUUUACUUUAUGGAGAAAACAUAUGGCAUAGUACCUAGAGCUGGACAUUACUCUUGCGUUAUUGAUUUACUUGGCCGGGCUGGAAGGCUUGAAGAGGCCGAAGAAUUCAUUAACAGCAUGCCAGUGCAGCCAAAUGCUUUUGGAUGGUGCUCUUUUCUUGGCGCUUGCACAAUUCGUGGUGAUAAAGAAAGGGGCAAACUGGCAGCAGAGUAA